AUGGAGGAGGCGGUGGUGAAGCAGGGCGCGCUGUACCUGCAGCUGCAGCAAACCUUCGGCAAGAAGUGGCGGCGGUUCUGGGCCGUGCUGUACCGGGAGAGCCGGCUGGGCGCGGCGCGCCUGGAGCUGCGGGCGGGCGCGGAGCGGGCGCGCGGGCCCGAGGCCGGCCGGCGCCUCGUGCGGCUCCGCGACUGCGUGCACGUGGCCGCGGAGGGGCUCCCCGAGCCCCCCGGGGAUGCCACGGCCGAGCACGUCUACGACGAGCCCGAGGCCCUGGCGCGGCUCCGGCUGUACGCCGAGCCCCGGGAGGUGCAGGGCGAGGCCUGGCGGCUGCAGGCGGCCCCCGAGGAGCCCCCCGGGCCCGGCCGCCCCUACGACGCGCGGCGCGACGACUACGCCGUGCCCGGCCCGCUGCGGGGCGCCGGGCGGCUCGGCCGCGGCGACUACGACAACGUGGCGCUGAGGGCGGCCGCCAGGAGGGAGCCGCAGUGA